AUGAAGAUGUUAUUCCUUUUGAUGUUCCUGAUGCACAAGGUAGUUACUCUGAGAUGCCCUUCAAGUGAAGCUUUCCCUGUUCCUCAUGAGUGGUUCCAGCCUGGAGAUCUUGUCAUUGGUGGGAUGGUGUCUCACAUUUUUUACCACUUUUAUGAAAUUGAAUUUAAGGAACACCCUUCUCUAAAACCUUAUGACUUACCUCUUGUAAUAACCAAAUUCUACCAGCAUGUCCUUGCCUUGGCCUUUGCUGUGAAGGAGAUCAAUGAGGACUUCCAGAUCUUACCUAACGUCACUCUUGGGUUCCACAUCUAUGAUAGUUACUACAACCCAAGCAUGACCUAUCGCUCCACUCUGGACCUCCUUUUCAAAUCCCAGGAAUUUCUUCCAAACUACAAAUGUUAUAUCCAGAAGAAUCUCAUGGCCAUCAUUGGAGGAUUAGAUGCCCCUACUUCAUCCUAUAUGGCACAAGUUAUAAGUAUCUUCAAAAUUCCACAGAGUCUUGUGCAUAGUCUUUCAUGUAUUCUCUACCUGGGCCAGAGAACGGCAGAAGUGCAUUCAAGAGAAGUUAAAGGCUUCAAAGAAUUUCUUCAAGUCAUCAAACCUUCCACCCACAAAGAUGGAUUUCUUCAAGAGGUUUGGCAACAAUUGUUUGACUGCGUGUUUUUAAAGGCAGACUUACCUUCAUCUAUCAGUGGAACCUGUACUGGGGAAGAGAAUUUGGAGAAUCUGCCCGCACCUCUGUUUGAGUUGAAGAUGACUAGCCAAAGCUACAGUAUCUACAAUGCUGUUUAUGCAGUGGCACAUUCUUUGCAUGAGGCAAAGACAUCAAGUCCCAAAUGGACAAAAAUUCAAAAGGUUGAAUUUCCAAAUCUGCAGCCUUGGCAGCUCCACCAGUUAUUUCAAGAGAUUUCUUUUAACAACUCAGCUGGAGAAAGAGUCUUCUUUAAAGACAGAAGAGAAAGUCCUGGUGGCUUUGACAUUAUCAACAUGAUCACUUUCCCAAACAGAUCCUUUCAGAGAGUUAAAAUUGGAAAGUUACACCCCAAUGCUCCAAAAGGGAAAGAAGUUAUCAUUGAGAACACAAUCCUUUGGCACCCUGGUUUUAACCAGGUUCUUCCUGUUUCUUUGUGUAAUGACCACUGUUCCCCUGGAUCCUGGAAGAGAAGGGCUGAAGGCAGUCAGUUCUGUUGCUAUGACUGCGUUCCAUGCUUAGAAGGAAAGAUUUCUAAUGGAACUGAUAUGAAUGACUGUUUUGAAUGUUCAGAAGAUCAUUACCCAAAUAAAGAAAAGAAAGGAUGUAUCCUGAAACAGCUGGUCUUUCUAACUUUUGAAGAAGCUUUAGGAAUUGUUUUAGCCUCAGUCACUCUUGGUUUCUUCUUCUUGACAUCUUGGGUACUUGGAACUUUUAUUAAACACAGGGACACUCCCAUUGUCAGAGCCAACAACAGGUCUCUCACCUAUACCCUUCUUGUCUCGCUUUUCUUCUGUUUUCUCUCCUCUUUUUUAUUUCUCAGCCAACCUGGCAAAGUGACCUGCCUUCUCAGACAACCAACUUUUGGAAUUACCUUCUCAGUGGCCAUUUCUAGUGUACUGGCAAAAACCAUCACGGUGGUUGUAGCUUUCAUGGCCACUAAACCUGGAUCUCAAAUGAGGAAGUGGGUGGGGAAAAGAUUGGCCUUUGCUGCUGUCCUUUCCUGUUCUCUUGUUCAAGUAUGUAUUUGUACUCUUUGGUUGUCAAUAUAUCCCCCAUUCCCUGAGUUAGAGAUGCACUUAGAGCCCCAAGAAGUGAUUUUACAGUGCAAUGAGGGGGCAGCUACAUUCUUCUAUUGUGUCUUGGGCUACAUGGGUUUCUUGGCCAUUGCCAGCUUCAUUGUGGCUUUCCUUGCCCGUAAAUUACCUGAUAGUUUCAAUGAAGCCAAGUUCAUCACUUUCAGCAUGUUGGCCUUUUGCAGUGUGUGGAUCUCCUUCUUUCCAGCCUAUAUGAGCACAAAAGGCAAAGUCAUGGUAGCUGUGGAGGUCUUCUCCAUCUUGUCUUCCAGCGCUGCAUUACUGGGAUGCAUAUUCUUGCCAAAGUGCUACAUCAUUGUUUUGCGGCCUGAGCUAAACCACAGGGAACAACUAAUAAAGAGAAUGUAG